AUGCACAAGCACAGGCUUGAUCGACAUUUCAAACCUCGCCAAUAUCUUGGUCAUGAGCAUCUGUCAUUGGUGCUUAACACCAUGCUCUCAGCAUCGCGACAUGUUGGUCACCAAGUUAUCAUUCAGAACAUGGUCCAACUCGGCAUUACAUUUUACACCACCGCACAGGGCUCUACCCAGGGACCAACCCAUGUGAAGUGGCAUGAUUUGGGAUAUGCAAGUCGUUCUUUCCACAUAUUCCAACCACUAACAAUUUGCCUUGCAGUACAUAAAACUCAAGCAUGUUCUGGUGUUUCGAUGAAGCCAGAACACAUGGAGCAUCACCAUUUUUUUUGGCAAGUUCAAGAAUUAUGCAAUGAUAAUAGUGCAGGACUACUCCUUGAUCAAGUGAUGAAGGAGGAGCCUCUGUUUCUUGCCUCUGAUGAGGGAGGGAGGAACUUUGUUGUCCCUCACCAAGUAGCUACAGCACAAUCUCUAUCCCAUGCAUUGUCUUAUUGGACCAAGCAAGCUGGUCUUCCAACCUCAGUAUGUACAACUGGGGUCUUUCAUACUCACUACUCUCACAACAUGAACAAUAUAUCGACUGUUGGGAUUAGAUUGGGGGAGGUUGCUGGAACCAAUGAAAGUAGACCUGGAGAAAUGCUUGAGGGUGUUCCAGCUAUUCAAAAAUUGGACGAAAAACUCAGCUCUGAAUGGGAAGGCUUUCUGUCACACUUUAACAGCGUAGCUCAAACUUAUAAAGUCCACCAAUAUUGGGCACGAAAGGAGAGGAGCAACUGCUCUAGUGACAGAACCUACUCUAUGACCAAGAUGGGGGCCACUGGAACAACCAACAACCAAAAUGCUGCUGCCAUCGAGGUGGCGAAACCUUCCAGCCAUAUUAUACAAGCUAUCACAGACCAGCAACCAUUGAAUCAGCAGAGCCUCCAGUGGUCUCCCUUUACUGACCCAUGCACCUGGCAGGCCUCGCUCACUCAGGAAUUGCAGCAUGAACAGGAUGUUGGGGACAUGGCAGCAGCUUUUGACAAUGAAGAAGCACUGGAGCUCGAACCCCAGGUCGCAAAAUACACACAACUGCUGGACCAUGUAGCUUCCAAAGGACAGCCUCCUCGGGAAGAUAUCACUCUGCCAGAACCGAUUCCGAGGAGUGAUACUACUCUGCCAGAACCAACUCCAAGCACCAAUACCGAUUCUGAUAUUCAAGCAGAUUGCUCAGGCCCUGCCAUAGAAGAAUCUGCAGAGAUCAAUGUUCUCCAGAUCCCAUCAGUGACAUGUGAAAGGCAAUGCUAG